CCAAUGAUAUUCCGCGUCCGUCAAACGACGACGUUGCCCUAUUUGAACUUUUGAAUCUCUUCGUCCCUCUCUUCUUCUUCUUCUUCCUGGUAUAGAUAUGAGCGCGUCCUCUAUACUUAAUCGCAUUCUUUCUAACAAUACCUGCAAAACCCAAACCAAACCCACAAAAUCCAAAGCCUUAACCAACACAAUCAUUAAUCAUCUCAAAGCCAAUCGCCUCCAGAAAGCUGUUUCAAUUCUGUUUGCAUCCAAUUCAUCUGUCCCUUAUUCUCUAUAUGCCAGUCUUUUCCAGCUUUGCUCUUCAACUCUUUCAAUUGUUGAGGCUCGAAAGAUUGAAUCUCAUUUAAUAACGUUUAAUCCAACUCCACCAAUCUUUCUUUUGAACCGUGCCAUAGAGACUUAUGGGAAAUGUGAGUGCUUGAAGGAUGCACGUGAACUGUUCGAUGAAAUGCCUCAGAGAGAUGGUGGGUCUUGGAAUGCUAUUAUUAAAGCUUAUACACAAUGUGGCUAUGCGGAGAAAGCAUUGGGCUUGUUUAAGGACAUGAAUAAGGAAGGAGUUUUUGCAAAUGAGAUUACUUUUGCUAGUGUUUUGAAGUCUUGUAGUGAUGUUUUGGAUCUCAGUCUUUCGAGGCAAAUUCAUGGGCUUAUUGUAAAAUGUGGGUUUUGUGGAAAUGUGAUUUUGGGAAGUGCACUUGUUGAUGUCUAUGGGAAGUGUAAGGUUAUGAGUGAAGCUAGGUUGAUGUUUAAUGAGAUUGAGAAUUGCAAUGAUGUUACUUGGAAUGUAAUUGUUAGGCGGUAUCUUGAUGUUGGUAAUGAAAGAGAAGCAGUGAAAAUGUUUUUUAAGAUGUUCCAAACAGAUGUCAGGCCUUUAAAUUUUACAUUUUCUAAUGCCCUUAUUGCUUGUUCAGCUAUGCGUGCACUCAAUGAGGGCAUGCAGAUUCAUGCAUUUGCAAUUAAGAUUAAGUUUGAGGAGGAUGAGGCGGUUUCCAGCUCUCUCAGUAACAUGUAUGCGAAGUGUGGGAAGUUAGAAAGUGCUCGCAUGAUUUUUGACCAACAUGGUUCAAGAGAUGUGAUAUCUUGGACUUCAAUGGUGUCAGCUUAUGCACUGAGUGGGCGAACGAGAGAAGCAAGAGAACUUUUUGAAAAGAUGCCUGAAUGGAGUGUGGUCUCGUGGAAUGCUAUGCUGGCAGGAUACAUUCGUUCCCUCCAAUGGGAAGAGGCCUUAGAUUUUGUUUGUUUGAUGCGCAGAACAACUGAAGACAUUGACCACAUCACUCUAGGUUUACUGUUGAAUGUCUGUGCUGGCAUUUCAGAUGUUGAAAUGGGAAAACAGGCUCAUGGGUUCAUAUAUAGACAUGGUUUCAGUUCCUGCAUCCUUGUUGGUAAUGCUCUUCUUGAUAUGUAUGGAAAAUGUGGGAACUUGAGAAGUGCUAGGGUUUGGUUUUACCAAAUGAGUCAAUCACGGGAUAAUAUUUCUUGGAAUGCUUUGUUGACUAGCUAUGCCCGACAUCAUCAGAGUGAACAAGCUAUGAUGAUUUUCGGGGAGAUGCAAUGGGAGACAAAACCAAGUACUUUUACAUUUGGAACUCUUUUGGCAGCUUGUGCAAAUAUAUUUGCACUUGACCAAGGAAAAGAAAUACAUGGGUUCAUGAUCAGAAAUGGCUAUAAUUUAGAUACCGUGAUCAGUGGAGCUCUAGUUGACAUGUACUCUAAAUGUCGUUGCCUUUCAUAUGCUCUAACAGUCUUUAACAGGGCAGGUUCAAGGGAUGUGAUUCUUUGGAACUCCAUAAUUUUGGGCUGUUGUCAUAAUGGAAGGGGUAAAGAGGUACUUAAAUUGUUUGGACAGAUGGAGAAGGAAGGAGUUAAGCCAGACCACGUCACCUUUCACGGUGUCUUGCUUGCUUGUAUGUAUGAGGGUCAUGUCAAGUUAGCAGUGGAAUAUUUUAAUUCUAUGAGUGAUAAGUGUUGUGUAAUACCUAGGUUGGAACACUAUGAAUGUAUGAUUGAACUCUUCAGUAGGUAUAGGUGCAUGAGUCGGCUUGAGAAUUUUGUUAAGGGGAUGCCAUUUGAUCCCACUGCCUCCAUGCUGAUAAGAGUUUUUGAUGCAUGUAAAGAGCAUGGACCCUCGAGGUUCAGAAAAUGGGUUGCUGAACAACUUAAUAAAUUGAAUCCUUCAAUUUCCUCCCAGUUUCAAAUCAGGGAUGAACCGAACAGACAAGUCAUAAUCACCAAAUUACAAAUUGGAAGAAAUUGAAUUUUCGUAGUUGCAUAUGCAGGUAAGAUACAUCAAGUUCUAUUAUCAUGCAUCUUCUGUCAGUGUUAGGUUCGGGGUUGUGCGCUUAUCCAGGUGUAUGCCCGAAAGUGACAUGACCUAACAUCUUACCUGGAAUGAGUGUAGAGAGUAUCUCUGUGCAAGCUUCUUUAGGAGAAACGAAUGUGUAACAGGAGAAGGCCAUGCAACUUUUGAAGAUUUUCAUGGAGCAGUUAAUGCUAUUAUACAAAUUUCCAGGAUAAUGUUGUUGGGGGAGGCAGUGAAGACGAGGUGGCACGAGAACAUGUUACUUAUGUUCUAGCUGGUGUCGUGGUUCAUCAUGGGCAAACAAAGUAAUGCAAGGUGGAGUAGUUAUUUUUAACACUCAGAUCAUUGUCGGAUGGUUAACAAUGAAGGUAAAAUAGUUGGGUGUCACUCCAUAAGUCUCAUUGCAAGUUCCUAAAUUGAUAAAGAUUUUUGCUUGACAGAGAUCUUUGGUCAAGCGGAGCACCGUUGUAGGACUUGAAGUUAUGGAAAUAGGCAGAAUUAAUAAAUUUAUAAGGCGGCAAAUGGAAAGACAUGGAUUUGUAAUGAUAAGCAGGAUGGUGGAUCAUUGUAAUGCUUUUCUUGAAGUUGAAGAAGGUCUGCCAAUUCACGCAUUAGUGUGCAAGGUGCAUGGAUAGUCUAGCAUAUGUGCAUCUUGGUUCUCACGCAUGGUUUUCUGUUUGACAGUUUGGAAUCUGAACCAGAAAAAGAAAAGUUACACGAUCUUCAAUUUUCUUAAAUACUUGUUGGCCAAAACAUUCUUCUCUUGUCAGAGAAACUAGACCUAUAAAAAUGUAGCAGUAGUAGUAGCAUCAAAUGCUUGCAUGGUAACACAAGCUCAGCAAGUUUAGCAAUGAAGCCUAAUUCCCGUCUCUUUUUCUUACUAUCUUUUGCCUUUUCUUCUUCUGCUAGUCUUUGAGCCUUGUGCAUUUUCUGCGGGUAACAUACAAAGCUACUCUUUGGAAGCCGGUUGACUUAUUAUUUUGUGAAUUCCAUCUUGUGAAUUAUUUCCAGUAACUUGACAUAUUUUUUAAAAUCAGUGGUAUCAACCAGUUUGUUGCUGAUUUUACUUCCUUGAAUGUAAUAAUGUAUUUAACCAUCUUUAUUCUAAAGCUGCAAUUCCUUUUGCUUCAAAGAUGUAAAUAGUUUGCUGUACUGGCCUUAUGCCCGGUUGGCUUCUUGUUUCUAUUGGCCUCUCCCUCUCUCUCUCUCUUUUUGGUGAUUAUGAGCUUCUGUCGCCAUCUUUGCAAUCUCCCUGCCCCAUCUCUGGUCUCUGGUCUCAGACCAAUCUAGUUAUUAAUGAUGCUGGUAUAGGCAGUUGGCUCUUGUAGUAUUAGCCCAGUGUAUCUACCUGUUGUCUAGCUGUUUUGUACUUAAUUAUGUCGAUUGGACUCAUCAGUUUUUGCUUCUGACAUUCAUUAUGUUUAAGUGAUCGUACAAGAGGAUAUCAUUAACUGCAGGUUUUAUCCUAACUUGAGGCUGAAUGUGAGAAACCAUUUUCAAUUAAGCUCGUCCAUGCCUGUACUGUAAGAUGGAAAGAGGUCAGAAAUGGUGCCAGAAGGUGUUCCAGCGACACCCCUAUGAUACUAUAGCCAGUUCCUUGUAAGUGAAGAGAGUAGUUGAAGGGUUUUUCUUAGCCAUUAGGUUACUUACCUUUUUCUCCUUUGGAUUGGCUGCUUUGUAGAAACAUGUCAGCCAUGUCCUUCAACAUCAGAGUUCUGACUUUCCUUGGGCGUUGCUCUUCUUUAGCAUUGUCCGGAGUGGGUUCUGUUCAUACUUUUUGUUUUGCUAUGACAAGGACUUGUUCACUGUUCGGUUUGGACUGUUGUUCGGAUUUCCACAGCUCUACUAUCAAUUUCCAUUUCUAUUCUGCAAUUUGUGUUCUUAUGUUGAUGUUCUUCCCUUUUCCCCACUUUUUUCUCUUUUGCUAUUACACUAUUUGUAUAUAAUCUGUAGUAUAUUUGUAUUAUAUAUAUUUUUUCUCAGGUUGAACACUUGCUGGGAGUAAAAAUGCAAGGCUGAGAUCGAGCACAAACUGCACCAACAAAAAGAAGCAUGAACCUGAAAAAGUUUAGGACAGUUCUGAAAAGGAAUAUAUGCAAGCUUCAAAGGAGAACAAUUAUCUCAGGACCUAUCCAGCAUUCGAGCUCAAAAAUUUGCAGUGGAUUGCUUAAAAACUCGUGACAUAUAAAAAAAUUUGGUCUGGCAGUCAGGAUGUGGAUAUUUGCACUGCAUCGGUGGUUUUUGGCUGUAAAAAAGAAGUUUCACAAGUGGACCUUAUAGUUGUCGAAUAUUUUGGGGUGGCAUUUUAUUUAAUUCUGUUGAUUCCACGCUGAUAUUGCAAAUGAUCUAAAAACCAGUCAUGUGAGCCAUUACUGCAUAGUUAGAUCUAGCAUUGACUAAAAUACGACUUCUGUUUUGAUU